AUGAGAGAGAACCAGAACCAUCAUCCCUCAGCAGAGCCCCAAAAUAUCACCACCAACGCCACAUUGCCCAAUCCUGUGACUGUCAGGCAAAAGGAAAACAAUCAUCUUAGUCUCCUGGAAAUAAAUCAAGAAGGUACUCCAGCAGCUCUGUCAUCUAAACUUGCAAAGGUGGAAGCCUGCAUUCGGAUGUAUGAAGAGAUGCACAGGCUGAAAGCAAGGGAGAGGCUGAGGCAGCGGCAGGAGGAGCUGGAGCAGAUGGUGAGGGCAGCCUACGCCCAGGCCAGUCAGCAGCUGAAGCACUUUGACGAACUGAGGGAGCUAAAGCGGCAUCAGGAAUUCCAAGAGUUGCAAGAAGUAAUGGAGAAGAGCUCCAAGGAGGCUCAGAGGCAGCAAGAGAAGCUGAAGGAAGAACACCGACAUAGAGCAAAGAUAUUGCACCUAAAAUUGCGCGAGGCAGAGCAGCAGAGACAACGCCAGGAAGAGCUGGAACUUUUGCGCAAGAAAGAGGGCCAGGAGAGACUGCGCCGCCUUUAUUCCAUCCAGGAGGAACUGCUGCAGCUGAACCAGCAGAUUGGUCCCAGCUACGGGCACAAAGACUUGCCCAGAGUCGAUCUGUCUGCGUACAGCAAUCGUGGCAACCAGAUCUGCAGGCUGGUGUCAGAGCUCAUCCGUAGCACAAGCCAGAGAGGCUUCCCGGCCCAAGCAGAUGUGGCCAGCACUGAACGAGCCCUGCAGGAGAUGCGAGGACUGAUAGCCAGCAUGCAGCAGGAAAUCGCUGCAGCUCUAGAAGAAAAAAAGAGGAAAGAUGAAGAGGAAAAGAAACAAAAGCAGAAAGAUUUAGAGAAAAGAGAGCAGAUGAAGAGUCAAGCUUCUGUCCCUCUACAGCAGUGGUGGGGAAAGCAGCGGAAGGAAGGACUUCAAGUUGAAACAGAAGAAAGUAUCAUGCAGUGGUACCAGCAGCUUCAGGAUGCUGCCCAGCAAUGUGUUGCUGCUUUCAGUGAAAUUGGAAACUGCAAAGGCAACGCUGAGGUGAAGAAGAUAAAAACAAACUUGCAGAAAGCAGCUACAAUCCCUGUGAGCCAGAUCUCCAGCAUAUCGGGCUCUAAGCUGAGAGAGGUGUUUGAUAAGAUCAACAACCUGCUGUCUGGGAAGCCUGUGCAGACCGAAGGCCAAACGGUGCUGGUGACUCAGCAUCCACAGGGACUGGAGUUUGUUUGUUACAAACUCGCAGAGAAGUUUGUGAGACAUGGGGAAGGAGAAGUAUCUUUUCACCAUGAGUCAGCUUUCCCAAUUGCUGUGGUGCUCUCAGGAAUCUGGGAAUUACACCCUCGAGUUGGAGACAUCUUUUUAGCUCACCUGCACAAAAAAUGCCCAUAUUCUGUGCCAUUUUACCCCGCUCGGAAAGAAGGGACUUCUAUGGAAGAGUAUCAGAAGACGCUUGGAUAUGAAGUUCACGAUUCUAAUGUGGAAGAACAAGACCAUUUUCUCAAAAGGAUGUCAGGGAUGAUUCGUCUCUAUGCUGCCAUCAUCCAGCUCCGGUGGCCUUAUGGAAACCAACACGGGGCACAUCCUCACGGUCUGAGCUACGGAUGGCGCUGGCUUGCGCAGAUGUUGAACCUGGAGCCUCUGGCAGAUGUGACAGCUGUGCUGCUUCUGGAUUUCCUGGAAGUGUGCGGCAAUGCUCUGAUGAGGCACUAUGGGAUUCAGUUCUGGAAAACAAUGCUCUUUAUCCAGAAAUCCUAUAUCCCAAGAAUUGAAGCUGUCACCAGCUCUGGCCAGAUGGGCUGUUUGUCACGUCUGAAGAAUUUUGUGCAGAGAUGUUUACAGGUACAGGAAAUGCCAUUACCAAAGGGCAUUCUGACACCUUCCUUUUGGAGGACAUAA